CUUGUGUGUUUGUAUUACACCACUUUCCUGUCUCUUGUGAAAGACAUUUGACACUGGAGUUGUGAAGUUGAUAGAGGAAGCAGGACGACACAGGAAAAAAGAAAAAAAAAAAGAAAAAAGAAGAGCACACAAUGUUAAUACACACUUGAUAUAAGAAGCACUCGAUGAUUCACUCCCACACACAGACGCAGAUUAUUCAGAAAGAGAGACGCUCCAUUUUCACAGGCUGCUUGCUCCUGGAGGUAAGAUUUCUCCAACAUCGAGCGAGCCGCAUUCGAACCAACCCAAACUUUCCAUCUUCAAACAACCAAUCCAAAUGGCUAACUCUAGCGUCAGCCUGUCUCCUGGCCUCACCAACUCAACCUUUUCCACAGCAACUACCUCCAAAUCCCUCUCGCACUCCCAUCAGACUGGGAUAGCGAUCCUGGUCCUUGCCUUCAUCCUUGGUUUUCCAGGGAAUCUCUUCGUGGUGUGGACGGUGCUCUGCCGUGUCCAUAAGCGCUCCGUUACAUGCCUCCUGGUCCUGAAUCUCGCUGUGGCUGACGCUCUGGUGCUCCUGAGCGCCCCCUUUUUCCUGCGUCUGCUGGUUGGUGGGAAGGGCUGGGAGUUUGGCACCGGUAUGUGCAAGACCGUGCACUACCUCUGCUGCGUAAACAUGUACGUAUCUAUUUACCUGAUCUGCCUGAUGAGCCUGGACCGCUGGCUGGCUGUCGCCAGGCCCUUCCUGUCUCAGAGGCUGAGGAAAAAGAGGUCGCUGUAUAUCGUCAUGUUGGGGAUCUGGAUCAUGGCCUUCCUCUUGGCAUUGCCCAUGCCCUUCUACCGCAGCAGCAACGUGCAGCCCUACCUGAAGAACAACAUUUCCAUUUAUCUCUGCGUUCCCUACCACUGGAACAGCAUGAGCCAUGAACUCUUCCAGUACCUGAUGGAGACGCUGUUGGGUUUCCUGAUCCCCUUCACCUUCAUCGUGUUGUGCUAUACCUCCGUCAUCUGCCGCCUGCGCAGCGCCAUGUUUCAUGGGCGUGUAAAGGGCAGCCUCCUCAUCCUCCUCAUCAUCACGGCCUUCGCUAUCUUCUGGAUGCCCUACCACAUCAUCAACAUCUUACAGGUGAUUGGUCUGGCACAGGGCCGCUCUGGUCUUUAUACUGUGGCGCUUUCUGUUCGUCCCAACGUGACGGCGUUUGCGUUUCUGAGCAGCAGCGUGAACCCUGUGCUCUACGUGUUCGCUGGCAGCUCACACAUCCGCCGUGCUGGCCUCGGCUUCAUGGCCAAACUGUUUGAAGGAACCAACUCAGACCACUCCUCGACCUCCGGACGACGUUCCACAAUCAAUACGAGCAGCUCGGGCCUCACGAGAAUGUCGGUGAAAUCUUCCCGGAGUGGAGACAUGGUUAUAAACAAGAUCCGUGCAGAGGAGGGGACAAAAGGGGCGGAGACUAGCUGUAUGGAGGAGCUUAAGACCCUUACCACGAUGCCGUGAUGUUACAGAGUGACAUUUGUAUCGUGAGAAUUUUUUUCCCAGCACAUUAAGCGUGAUCUGGAUCCUUGCACAAACAAGCCGAUCCUCCUGAAAUUUCAGACCACAGUUAUCUAAGCUUUUGGCCGUUUAUUUGAUGUGUUGCUUUGUAUUAUUCAUUUUGAUAUACUUUUAUCUUUAUUCUUAUUAUGAAAUGGCCUUUUGCAUGCUGUGAUGGUGUUGCUGUCGCUGCUCGCAGUCACAUGACCUGUUGUUUCUCAGCAAGCCUGAUUUGUUCCUGGUGUCCUGUGACAGACAGGACAUAACUAGCAACCGCUCUUUCAUUUCAAACUGUUUUUGCGGCUUCUUGUAACAGAAGCAGCGUAACACAUUUGGCCACGUGUUGCUCCUGUUUGUGACAGAGUGAAGCUGCGUGUUUUGUGGGACUGCAAAUGUGUUAAAGAAGUACUCCACUGUUUCUCAGUCUAACCCUAAUCUUUCAUAUCUGCAAUGUACGUAUGAUUAACAUAGAUAAGAAUUUCAGCAUGUUUUCCUGUACUGAGAAAAGAACAUAAAUACAUAAAAAAACGUACGCGCCAUUGAAGGCUAAGGACGCAUGUCGAGCUUUGUGAAUAAACAUUUGAAAUACAUGACUAAGGAUUGGAAAUAUAAGUCACUACACUGAUUAAAGAGGUGAGGAUGCAGCAGACGUGAGGAAAAAUUCACUAAAAUUCACUGUUAUUCUAGAGCUUUCUCCAACUUUUUAACAAUGGAACAAUAAAUAAAUAAAGGAAAGUA